UUUCACUCUAUUUAAGGACAUGGAUGUCUGAACUCCGACCUUCACGUCUCUCUCUUGAAAUCUGAAGAGAGAGAGAGAGAGAGAGAGAGAGAGAACAGAGAGCGAGAGAGAGAGAGAGAAAGAAGAAAAGAAGACGAGAUCUGAUCAUUCUCAGCUCAGUACAAGGAGGAAAAGAAAAAUGGCUAUUGAGAUUGCGGGAUUUGAGAUGGCCCCGGCACCCAUGGAGACUCCGUAUGAGAAGGAUAAUGGGCAAUUUGAUAAGGGCACAAAGCUCGGUGAGGCCGUGACGUUCGGCUCGCACGAGGAGAAGCCCAUUUUGGGGGAAGGUAACCAGGUUUCGGAAGUGAAUUUUCCGAAGGAUGCUGUCGAUGAAUGGCCCGCGCCUAAACGGAUCCACACUUUCUAUAUCAUGAAGUUUCGCUCUUAUGAGGACCCAUCCAUCAAAGUCAAAAUCGAGCAGGCUGAUAAAGAGAUUCAGCGGAGGAAUCAGGCCAAGUUCCAGAUCACUGACGCAUUGAGGGAGAAGAGGUCAGAGAGGUCAGACCUGAUUGCUCAAUUGAGAGCUCUGGGGGAGGAGAAUAGGACCUUUCAUAGUAUUCUGGACGAGAAGAAAAAGGAUAUGGAGCCCCUGCACGAGGCACUGGGCAAGCUUCGCCAUGCAAACACCGGUGGUCGAGGAAGUGGCUUGUGCUCCUCUGAGGAAGAACUUAAUCAGCUUAUCCAGAGCUUGAAUUACCACAUCCAGCAUGAGAGUAUCCCAUUAACAGAGGAGAAGCAAAUUCUGCGGGAGAUUAAGCAGCUUGAGGGGACUCGGGAGAAAGUCAUUGCAAAUGCUGCAAUGAAGGCAGAGGUUCAAAAGUCAGUUGGAGAGAAAGAAGCCAUUCAAGACCGAGUCAAACUAAUAGGUGCUGGUCUGGACGAGGUUCGGAAAGAUCAGCAGGCGGUUAAGGCAAAAAUUAAGGUUCUUAAGGAAGAGCUGGAGGCAAUAGAUGCGGAAAUCAAGUCUUUGCAAGAUGAGUUGUCAACUGUUAUCCAGAAGAAGGAUAAGGCAUACGAAACUAUCUACGAAAUGAGGAGAAAGCGUGAUGAAGUGAAUGCCAAUUUUUACCGUAAUCGUACCCUCUUGAACCAAGUCAAAGAGCUUGCAGCGAGGAGAGAUGUCAGAGCUAUUGAAGAAAUAACUCAUUCUGAGGUUGAGGGGUUCUUUGCUCUCUGGAACGGUCCCAGAAGUUUCAGGGAGGAUUAUGAGAAAAGAAUCGCAUCAUCUCUGGAUUUUAGACAGAUGAGUAAAGAUGGACGAACAAAGUCCCCUGACGAGAAGCCAGUGGCUGCAGUGGGAGAUUCAGUAUCCUCGGAAACAGAGACGGUAGUCAAGACCAGUGCAAAAAGGGCAAAGGAGGAUCCCAAGUCAACGGUGCAGCACAAUACUGCUCCUGUGCAAAAGGUCCAGAAAGACACUGUUUCGAAAGCCCAGAAAGAGACUGUUACGAAAGCCCAGAAAGAGACUGUUACGAAAGCCCAGAUAGAGACUGUUACUAAAGUAAAGGAUAUUGAAACCACACCCGAGCAUCAUGAACUAGCUGAGAAGGAGAAUGCUGAUGCACAGAAACCUCCAAAGGCCACACCACCGGUGGUUACUGAGGUCGAUCCUGUGAAGCUGAAAGAGAUGAAAAGAGAGGAGGAGAUUGCUAAAGCUAAGCAGGCUAUGGAGAGGAAGAAGAAGCUGGCGGAGAAAAAUGCUGCCAAAGCAGCUAUUAAAGCACAAAAGGAAGCUGAAAAGAAACUCAAGGAACGGGAAAGGAAGGCAAGGAAGAAAGCUGCUGCAUCUACUCCCGCUACUGAUUCGGAUGAAGCGGCUCAAUUACCUGAAGAAUCUGUAGAAAAUGAGAAGGUGGAUUCAGGUGUCGAGGCUGUUCUUCCUGCGAAGGAGAAGCCCAUCAAGGAGAAUCCGGUCAGAAACAGGAUCCGUCCAAAAGGUGGUGCAGAAUCGCUCCCGAAGGCAAUACUCAAGAGGAAGAAGUCGAGCAACUAUUGGAUUUAUGUUGCUCCGGUUGCUCUCGCAGUUGUUCUAUUGCUACUAGUGUUAGGAUACUACUAUACUUACUGAAGUAGCGAUACCGCUAGCAAGUAUAGUGAUGGACAUCCGGUUUCAUAGAUCUGUAGUAGCAACUUUGAGGUAAUUUUGUUUGUCCCCCUGGGGGAUCGACUAGAAUGUCAUAACCGCCGAGCGACUCAGUCUCUUCAAAUUUUGACUAUAGUGGACUAUACCCGUUUCUGUGAAAUCGCUCCCCGUUUUCAGGCAACUUUUAGUUGUUGAAGACCAUGUUGUAUGUACCUUUUGUUGACAUUUUGCUGGUGAUUUGGUAGUGCAAGUACUGGACUGCCUGUGAAUUUCCUUA